UAAGACUAAACAAGGUCAGGGUUGACUUCAGUUUUGUUCUAGACCAACCAGGGCUGAAUCAGAACUACAAACCCUUAAAAUGGUCUUACCCAGAUCUUGGUAGGUGAUCUGUAUUGUUUUUUUAAUUUGUGGUUAGAACAGGAUUUCCUCAGUCGGACUUGCUGCUGCACAAUGAAGCGCAUUCUGCUGAUUCUCUUGGUGGUGACUGUGAACUGGGAAGUUGUCCAUGGUCGAGCCUCAGUAAAGGUGACACCGAACGUAGCCCAGUUCUGGGAGUACCACAAUGUGUCUGUGAGCUGCGAGGACUUCGGACCUGACUGGACUGUGUGGAGGUUCACCAAAAGUGGGGACUUAUCAGGAUGUGGAUCCGGAUGGGGCAAGAUCAGGAUUUCGGGCUGUCAUAUGAAUGUAAAACAUUAUGACUCUGGAAUUUACUGGUGCGAAUCCAAGUAUCGAGAGAGCAGUGACACCAUCAACAUCACUGUAACCGGAGGUCCUGUGAUCCUGGAGACUCCAGUUCAGUUAGAGGAGGGGCUGGAGGUGGUUCUGAGGUGCAGAUUCAAAUCUGGAGCCCAGAACCUAAAAGUGGACUUCUACAGAGAUGAGGUCCUCAUAAAGUCCAGCCCUGAACCUCAGACCACCAUCAGGUUCAGGAGAGACCAGCAGGGAGCGUACACCUGCAAGGACCACGACAACAAUCAUCACUCUCUACCAGUACACAUGUAUCUGCAAGAUAACUCUCCAGCUCCAGUGCUGGUUCUGAGUCCAAACUCAGAUCAGUUCUUUGAGUACAGCCCUGUGAACUUCUCCUGUGAGCCGCACACUGAGGGCUGGACUGUGCAACGCCAUAAGCCCAAAACUGGGUCCAAACCUGGACCCAAAACUGGGUCUCAGUGCGGGUCUGACUGGGGUUCCAGCGUACAUGGGUUUGUCUGUGUACUUAGUUUUGCCAAGAGACUAGACAGCACCAUCUACUGGUGCGGCAAGAACACGCGACGCAGCAACUCUGUCCAGCUCCAGGUUAAAGACAGCGGCGUGAUUCUGCAGGUGCCUCUGCUCCCCGUCUUUCUGGGACAAACUGUCAAUCUGACCUGUCAACAUCACCCUCCCACCACCCUCCCAGCAUAUUUCUAUAAAGACGAACACUUUCUGUCAGAGUGGCCUGCAGGGAAGAUGGUCCUCCAGUCGGUAGCACAAUCUGAUGAAGGCCUGUACCAGUGUGAGAUGGGAGGACAGAAGUCGCAACUCAGUCCACUCAGGGUCAGAGCAGCUGAACUCCCUCCUGACUCGCUCCGGUCUGCUCGCUCUCUGUUACUCCUCAGGUACAUAAUCGUGUUCUUGCCGUAUGUCGCCUCCACUGUGCUCUUCAUCAUCAUCUACAGGGAGGCAGGGGGAUCAGUCGUUCAGAGGAGGCAGAGGAGGAGAGUGUUCAACCUUCAGGACCCUCAGGAUGAAGACGUGAUACCAAACGUUACCACUGAGUACCAGUUCUGACCAGGGUUGCCAGAUUUUCAGAGAGAAACAAGCGACCAAGUCUUUGAAACAAGAGCCCAAAACGUUGCUAGAAACAGAUCAGUCCUGAGUCUACUAACAUGAAAAAGAACUAAAAGAGGAUAAAAAUCAUCUCUUUUAUGAGGUGAAAGCAAGCCGUAAAAAACACAACCCAUGAUUCUCAAAAUCGGCAAGCAACUUUCCAUAAAAAGAAGGCCAGUCGCUACUGAAGCAAGAACUUGGGAACCAUGGUCCUGAUCUGCAUCUGAACAGAGACCAUAGCAUUUAUUUUAUGGUCCAUUCACGUUUUGUGCUUGAAAAAAAAAGAUAUUUACAAGCAUAUUUUAGCACAUUUCUGAUGCCUGUUCCAAAUAUCUGUUAUAUCCUAUCAAUAAAUGCCAAAAAAAAAAAAAUCACCUAUUCAUUUUUCUCAUUAUCAUCCACCCCCAGCUCCACCUAUUCAUAAAGGCACUUCACCAACAAGAUGCGGAUU